AAGGAAGACAUGCAACUAAUAUAAGGAAAAACUUACUUCCAAUAAGAUCCUAUUUAUUGUGCUAAUUGAAUAUUGGAUUAAAUGGACGCACAUUCAACCUCUUCGCUACUGCAGUGUAGCUUCGGAAAUCUAUCCUGAUGGCCUUCAAAUUCAAUAUUUUUAUAUCAAGAGUAGUUGGAAAAGUCACUGAUAUCCCUAUUCUGUUACCGUGUAGGUUUAUACGACGUCGGUUCCCUCCGGAAUACGCAAAACAGUAUUUGGAGAAAAUAGACACUAAAGUGCUGGACAAUUAUCGGAAGUCUGAUUUUGUCUCUCAUCCUGCUUUGAAAACACAAAGAUCAUGGGAAGUAAGACCGAAAGAACCAAAAGAGGAGACAAGACGUUUAUAUCAGGAGCUCGUGCCUCAUAAUAUUGAUCCCAGAUAUCGUGACAGUUUGCGCGAACGUCUUGAAAGACGUGAAAUGAUGCUACGGAGACAAAAUCUAGAUAUACCAGAAUUUUAUGUUGGGUCAGUAGUUGCUGUAAAUACUGCCGAUAAAUUUGGUCCCAAUCAAACACAUCGAUUCUUGGGUAUUUGUAUAGAACGGUAUAAUGAAGGCUUAUGGACGAAAUUCACUCUACGCAAUGUUAUUGAAAAGACAGCCGUUGAAAUCCAGUAUGAAUUGUACAAUCCAACUAUACAAUGUGUUGAAGUCUUAUUACUGGAAAAGCGUGUAGACCGAAAUCUUUUAUAUUUACGUGAUGCUCCACUGGAAGAAAGUAGAUUUCCAUUUGAUAUGACUCGCGUCCCAUAUAAUCCCAAUGAUCCUGUUCCCAUUAAUGAUAAAAAGGUAAAAUUGCUUCCACCACCUUGGAAAUUCAAAUGGUUCCUGCAUGGCUACCGUGGAAUACACGACAGCAUGUAUGACUACUUAACACCUGAACAGUUGUCCGAAUUACAAUACAAAAUAAAUCUUGUUGACCGAUAUGAUCUUAUGAAGAUGUAUAGGUCACGACUGCCUCUGGAAGAAGAACAAAUAGCCUUAGGUGAUGUGCAAAUUCAGCAUCAAGAUCUUAUACGUUACCACGAACAACGUCGGCAGGAAUUGAUUGAGAAGCAUAAAGAAAGCAAGAAGACUGAUAAAGUCGCUGCCCGUGGCGGUCAUUAGUCUUUUAUAUCAUUCAACCAUCUUCAACUAACUUACUUUCUUCUAUCUCUGUAAAUAAACACAUUAAGAUUACAAUUAACUGUAUUAUAUUCACUGUAUUUUAGUUUGUUUUUAAAGUUGGAUAUCACAUAAUUGGCGUUGUAAUUCACUAAACUAAGUAUUGUACUUUC